AUGUCUUCUUACUUUGCACUCGGUUCCACCGGUUUAUGCGGAAACUUCUUCGUUAACAUUGCCGCCAACUCGCCGAAUGUUGCCCGCAUUUAUACUCUCGGUCGUCGUGAACCAAAAGUCACGACGGACAGCUCCAAGCUCAUUGCCACUGUCGAGCCUGAUACCGACAAAUGGCCUGCUUUGAUCAGGAAUCUUGAUAUUCCCCAGCAUUCCACCUACUAUUCAUCGUUUGGAACGACCAGAAAGGCUGCAGGCAGUGCUGAGAACUUCAUAAAGAUCGACGAAGGCAUCAAUGUUGCUGCUGCCACUGCUGCGAAGGAAUCCGGCAAAUUUGACACUGCCGUGUUGGUGUCGAGCAUUGGUGCCAAUUCGUCCUCACGGUUCCUGUACAUGGCCACCAAGGGCCGUAUCGAGGAGAAGAUCAAGGAAUUGAAGUUCAAACGUACGAUUAUUCUGAGACCAGGUCCUCUGCUCGGUGAAAGAGAGCAUGCUCAUAGCUUGCUUGAGAGCGUUUCCAGAAAAGUGGGGGGCGUUGUGAGAGGCACAAUAUUCGAAGGGCUUCUUGCACAUCCUAUCAAGGGCGAGGAAGUUGCAAAAGUGGCCUUCUACUUGAGUCAGAAACCCAUUGAAGAAGACAAUAAGGUCAUUGUUAUCACGCCCUAUAAAAGCUCUUUCGAGUUCGAGCAGCUGAAGAAGUGGUUCUACAGCGCUGAUCACAAGUUGAGAGCCAGGGCUGUUCAAAAGGUUGCCGCGUACGCUACCAAAGGAAGUCUUCCUCAUUCGUUAGAGUCCACCUCGUUGCUUACCAGUUCGGCCUUGCUGGAUGAGCAACUGUGCAGUAUUAAUGCCGAUCCCAUGCCUAUCAGGCUGAGUUACGCGAUGUCUCUGAUCAAGUUCUGCAACGGUCUUCUGGAUCCGAUCCAGAAAUCCACCUAUGCUAUGAGUCUCAAUAAACUCGCAGAGAUACUGCAGCUUCCUACAUAUUUCGUGGAGAUCCGACACGCCGGAACUCAUGAAAUGCUCCCGUCUUUGGAAAUGCUCCGAUUCGGUGCGCAAAGUGCUCUGGAAUGGCUAGAAAUUAAUUACUGGAACGAGGUCUUGGAAAGCACGUCUUCCGAGCCGCCUCAGGAGAAGACCGACCAGGAAGUAGACGCGUUGACCGACAGCUUCAAAGUACUGCGGAAAAUCCGCAGAGAAGACAUCCAUAAGGUGUACAAGUUUGGAGACUCGACGGAAACGGGAACAAAAUACUGGAAAGCGAUGAAGGCGCUGAAAAGCGUCAAGGAAGACGUGUUAUUAAACUAUAUGGUGUACCAGAACUGCUUGGUGCUGAAAACACCGCUCAAUGAGAAAAAAGUGAACGGUAUCAGAUUGCUUUACAAGCCGAUCCUGGAAGAACUUGGUUACGACGUGGUACUGGGGCUGUUCCAAACUUUUCUGGCUGCUGACACUAAAGAUGAGCUCUUUUCCGCGCAGCGCACACAGUGGUUGCAGUACUUUCUCUCAAACGGCCUUACAUUCAGCAGGAACUCCAUCUACAGCAAGUUCCUCAACACUCAAUCGAGUCCACAGCCACACUUCUAGAAACACUGAGUCAACACAAACAGCUUUUGGAGCACACAAAGCUUACAAUGAAGGUGAACGAUCAAAUAAAAUUCAUGCGCACAUUCUAUAUAUCGGAUCUUUCGUCGCAACCAGCGUUGAAGAAACAAAAGUCUGAGUCGCUGUUCCUUUUCGAAAAACAUGAGCUCUGGGAACCAAAGCCUUUUGGUCAGUCUUGAAUGUCAGCAUCAGAAUUGAGGUCUGUUGUCUUUGGCUAUUUCUAGCAGCCCGCGAUGAGAGUAUGUCUUUGCGAGACGACCCUUGAUAACGAAUUCGUCGACGAAUUCUGCGCCCAUUUGCUCUCCGUACUGGCAGUGAAUGAACCCAAUCACAUAGAGCAAAAUGGUUGGUCUCGUGUGCUGUUCGAGCUUGACCACCUGUUGAUCUUCAGAUAAUCUAUCCAGCUUGAAAUCGGUCUCAAAUGCUCGUAAAAACUGGUCUAUAAACUCCCUGCGGUUGUGCACGUUGGACAUGCGUCGCAAAGUUCUUGGGAAGUCAAAAAGGUCAUCUGCUGGGCUUGCUUGUUCGACAUUCAGCGCCUCGUUAAAUAAGUACAUGUAUAUCCUUUUUCUUAAUAUCAGUCUCCCCAAUAUUUGUAUAUUUUCGAGGUCUAUGCGCACGUCGCUGCCACCUACUCCUUGGAGCCGUGUCUUGAGACGAGCGUGGUCUCUGAAGUAAAUGCAGUAAUAUAGUAGAUAGUCGUCUAGCAUGUACUCACUGGGUAUUAUCUGUCGCAGCAGUUUGAUUCUUGACUCCGCUUUGCGUCGAAACUGCAUAUUAUGGUGAAACUUGGUUCUCAAAGACGGCACAGGCUGACGGACCUGCAGCGCAAAC